ACAAAUAAGUAUAUUAUAUAAAAUUAUCAAAGCAACAACACUAAAAUGGAGAAAAAAUCAGCAUUUUUUAUCAUCUUCUUCCUUGUCUCGUCGUGCAUGGUAACAGUAACGGUUGGAGAUAUAUGUCAUACGGACCAAGAUUGUAUAGACAUUGGCAUUCCAAGAUGUAAGCGCACAGGGAAGAUGCCAAUCUGCUACAAUGGCUAUUGUAGCUGUUUCGCUAAAAGGCCUCCUCCGGCUCCCACCGCUCUAUCGACAACCACCAACUCUUGAUAUUCAUAUUACUCAUGCAAUAUCAUUUAUGUUAUCUUUUUAUUUUGAUAAUAGUGCAUAAAACUAAUUUAUCACCAUUAUCUUCUCUGUAUGCAUCUUUCAUAUACAAUGUAUCUCUACAAUUAAUAAACUAAUGGAGUGC